AUGGAGGCGAUCCCAGGAAGUUCUCUCCCCACCUCAACUGAAGAACUCAGUUCUGAGGAGUUGGCUCUACAAAAUGAAAUCACUUCGUUAAAGGCUCAAUUGGAGGCUGCAAGAAAGGAAGUCGCUGACACGGACUUUUAUACAAUGACAAAGGAUGUUGUUGAAUUGGGACGGUUAAAAUUUAAAUUCCGCAAAACCCUUCGAGGCCACAUGGCAAAAGUUGCUUCAGUUAGAUGGGCUUCUGAUAGCCAACUAAUUUUAUCAGCAGGCCAAGAUGGAAAACUCAUUGUUUGGGACGGAUAUACCGCAAAUAAAGUUCGCAUGAUUUCCCUGAAAACUGCUUGGGUUCUUGGCUGUGCUAUGUCACCCAGCAUGCAGCAGGUUGUCAGCGGUGGUUUGGAUAACCUCAUAACUGUUUUCAGUCUGAGCUCUCCCGAGGGUACGCCUGCACAACUAGUUCAGGAACUCUCUGGACACAGUGGAUAUAUUUCCAGCUUGGAUUACAUCGAUGAAAUCAAGCUGCUUAGUGCGUCGGGCGACAAAACUCUUAAAUUGUGGGACAUGGAAAAGGGGGAGCUGGUCUCGUCUUUCUCCGGCCACACAAAUGAUGUGAAUUGUGUCCGAGUCAGUUGCACAAACAAGAAUCUUGCGGUGUCUGUUUCGUCUGAUUACACAUGUCGUACUUGGGACCUUAGGUCUGCCAAAUGUGCCCAAUUAUUCGAGGGCCAUGAACAAGAUGUGAACGGGGUGGAUAUAUUCCCCAAUGGUCAGGCCUUUGCGACGUCGUCAGACGACACCUCGUGCCGCUUGUGGGACAUUCGAUCCGACCAGGCGAUAGCUGCCUACGUUGAUGAAUUAAUUCAGUGUGGUAGCACCUGUGUGGCCCUCUCUCGCUCAGGUCGUGUUUUGAUAGCGGGUUAUGAGGACUUCAACUGUCAUGUCUGGGAUGUGCUCAGGGAAGAGCGAGUCGGUAUAAUGUCUGAUCACGAUGCUCGUGUCUCCUCUAUCGCCAUCAAUGGGGUCGGAAAUGCAAUUGUCACCGGUUCCUGGGAUUCUUUGUGCUACGUUUGGACAGCUAAAUGA